AUGUUCAAGCACUUCGUUACGUUUGGAAAACUUCGCUCGGCUUUGCACUUCGUCGCUUUAGUAAGAUCAAUCUGUCUCCCCCGGAACUUCUACGUCGAAAGAACCAAAAUGGAGAAACAAGUUGAGAACACCGACUUCUAUGCGAACUACCACGGGCACACCGUGAACGACCUGAAACAGCUCGUGCGAAUAUUGCGAGGAAAAAUCCCCCCUCCCCAUAUCGAAGAGGACAUUUGUGAUGCUGGAUUUGCAUACACAAAUCGACUUGCAUUGCUAGAAGGCCAAAAGACGCAGCUGUGGCCUGAAUUGUAGGCAAUUUGUCAUGCUGCUUCCCUCUUCCAGUUGCCUCCUGUCAUGCUGAAGAUGCAAGGCUUUCCAACGCCAGCCAGCACUACAGUCCGCAUCCUUUGCCCUCUAGCAUGACAACGUGAUUUGUGGUCGCAAAUCAGCAACACAAAUUUUCGUUUUGAUAUGGGGAGGGGGCAUUUUUCCUUUUGAUAGCGAAAUCUGCGCAGCGCGGGGAGGCGCCGGUUCAUCUUAUCAAAUGCAAAAGCGUCUGGGUCUGGAAGAAUGCAAGACUUGUCAUGCAUAUUUCUCAUGACCCAUGAUGCCUGUAAUGCUUGAACUAGCAUGGCAGACUUUUAGAGGGCUUCCUGAUGCACCUUCCGCAUGAGAAAUGGCCUGUCUGUGUAGCAAAAGCUGUGCCCAUCUUGCUGGCUAUGCAAUACAAAUUUUUUUACAGUCGAGAAACAGCAUGACAAGUUGCAAUCUUCCAGACCCAGACAUAUUUUCAAUGCAUACAUCUACCUGAUGGGCGAUAGCACGCUGGACAACAAACACUGGCUGUAUCCGCCUUCCCGCUUGGGCAAAAGUCGGCGGGCGUUGGAAGAUCCGAGGUGUGGGGCCGCGGCCUGUAACGGAUACGAACAGGCGCUGUCAGCGCCGAAGCGGAGCGUGAUGGACGUCGCCUAUUGGGUGAAUCGAGCCGUUCUGGCGGAUGUUAAAAAUUCAUCUGGUGCAGUCAACAAGACGAGCGGAGGACCCGGUGUCAACAAGACGAGCGGAGGGGGAGAGGAACAAAGCGCCGCGGAGGUCCAGAGUGAAGAUCCGUCUGCUAGAGAGAGCACAACGACCUCCUCCCCGCCGUACGUGUGUGUGAAUGCAGCGAUCGAAGAGUCGACACUGGGCGGCCGGUCGGGGAACACGCUUCUGCCGCAGGACCGUUUUGUCUCGCACGCACUCACGGAGGAGGACGUAAUUGUGGUUUCGGCCGGCGGGAACGACAUUGCCCUCGCGCCCGGGUUCCUCACGGUUGUGAACAUUUUGUCCGCACUGCUGUACUCGACCACUGUCGGGCAAAAGGAAAACGGGUACGCGCCCGGCCUGGCGCAUUUCGUGAACCUGUUCGGAAAGCAGACGGAGGGUUUUUUGUUGAAUGUGUUGCAGGGGAAACGACCGAAGGUGGUGGUGGUGUGCAUGUUGUACUUUCUGAACACGGAUAGUAACCAGGCGAGCUGGGCCAACGGAACCUUGGGGAUCCUCAAGUACAACUCGCAGCCGGAAAUCCUGCAGGGCUUCAUCCGCUACGUCUUCCAUCACGGCACGAAAAACGUCAAGAUCCCGGGCGUCACGGUCGUGCCGCUGCCUCUGUUCGACACGCUGGACGGAUCCGAUACGCGCGACUACGUGGCCCGCGUGGAGCCCAGCGUCGUGGGGGGGAAGAAACUAGGCUUCGCGAUUUGGAACGCCGUGAAAACGGGGCUUAAUCUGCAGGAGCCCGCGCGGACCUCCACAAUGGAGGAGUUUUUGUCUGCGGGGGAAGAUGUAGAUGAGGGGGUACCAGAGGGUUGACACUAUCUAAGUACCGAUCCUGCAAGAAGAACUUGUGUUUCAUAUCACCAACUAAGAUCUUCACGAGCUGGUUCCACCUGCCCCAAGAUUUUCGAAUUUUCUGCGUGAUGAUCCGCAUAGACCUAGGUAGGCUGCCACAACGAAAAUACACGACCGUGAAUUCCAUUGGUUUUGAAACUGACAGGAGCGUGUUCGGCAUUUUUUCGUGUUUGAUCACCAAAUUGUGCCCGUCUAGUGCUCGCUUGAUCUGGAUCUUCACCGCCUAUACCUAGAAAUAAGUCUACUUCUGCUCCCGUGUUUCGAAAUAAUUUCUGCACUCGACACGGAAUUCAAUGCGCGACUUUUGUGUGAUCAAAUUUGGAGCCCUAUCCACCCAUG